UUAACCCUAUUGAUAGUCGCGUGAGCGAUAGCGAUAUAUCGCUGCUAUUAUCAUCGCUAGUUACCAUCGCGCAAUGUUAAAAAAACAUUACAAAUUGCUGCUAAAAUGUGCACUAGCCGUACCGAUUAUCUUUCUGCUGGACUUUUGUGGCGUUCUGACGCAUCUGUACGAACUGGACUUUGAGACGCACUACUACUAUCCGCUGGACAAUGAGACCGUCACACCGCUGGACUACAAGUUCCUACAAAUGCCCGCAUUCAUGAGCGAUCGCGACCAGGCGGAUCCGCCCCGACUGACCAUAUUGGUGAAGAGCGCCAUUGGCAAUUUGCAGCGACGCCAGGCCAUACGCAAGACAUGGGGCUACGAGGCGCGCUUCUCGGACGUGCACAUCAGGCGAGCCUUUGUGCUGGGCAUGCCCGCCGAGGGCAGCGGCAGCAAGGAUGCGGCCCAGACCGAGGCCAUGCAUCACGGGGACAUAAUACGCGCCGACUUUGUGGAUGCGUAUUUCAAUAACACAAUCAAGACGAUGCUGGGCAUGCGCUGGGCCAGCGAACAUUUCAAUAGCAGUGACUUUUAUCUAUUUGUGGACGACGACUAUUACGUGUCCAUCAAGAAUGUGCUGCGCUUUCUGGGCAAGGGUCGACAGACCCAUCACCAGAGCCUACUAUUUGCCGGCUUUGUAUUUCAGAGCUCUCCACUGCGACACAAGUUCAGCAAAUGGUAUGUGUCGCUCGAGGAGUAUCCGUUUGAUAAAUGGCCGCCGUACGUGACGGCUGGCGCCUUUAUAUUAUCACGGGAUGCCUUGCUCAAGAUGUAUGCGGUGGGGCGUACUCUGCCGCUGUUUCGCUUCGAUGACAUCUUUUUGGGCAUGGUUGCGCUCAAGGCGCAUAUACCCGUGCAUCGCUGUGAUGAUUUUUACUUUGACAGGCCCCGCUACUAUGGGCCGGAUAGCUACAGCGAUGUGAUUGCCUCGCACGGCUUUGGCGACCCCGUCGAGAUGGAGCGCAUCUGGAAUGAGUGUCGCUCGGCGAAUUAUGCGUAGCGAACGGAACUCAAAUUGCAAUAUUUUAAUUGUUGGUACUAUUGGGGCGUGCUUUUAGAUAUACAAAUGUAUAUACAUAGUACAAAAACCGAGCCUUACUAAAGUAAUAUUUAUACUUAGUGUAAGCUAUUUAAAUGUUAACGGCUUGCCGAUUGCGUUUCCUGUGAAUAGCAAUACAUACACAAGCAAUACAUAAAAUAAGAGAAAUACUGCCUUAAUUAAAUAAAAUACCGCACAUUUGGCGAGCAUUCAUAAA